AUGAAAUUUGCAUAUUGUGUUUUGUUAUUGUCGUGCUGUAUUCCAAUUACAUCACAGUAUCUUUUACGUAGUGCUAAUCUUUUUUUGUAUUAUUUGUUUAUUAAUUUUAAGGCCUGCGAUUAUAUAACAUUAGUGAGAUGUUUCAUAAAUAUUCUGGAUGAAUGGGCUUGGACACUAUAUGAGCUCAAAGAUAAUGUUGUCACAAUCAAUGAAAAUCAAUGUGAACAUUUAAGGCAACUGGAUUUAUGCAUCAAAGAUGCUGGACCUAUCAAACAUGAUUGUGAGCAUAAUGAGAUCGUUGCUGCUUCAAAUACCGUAAGCGAUCUUCUAACACAUCGAAAAAAUUCAGGCAGCUUUUUGAAGAGCUACUAUCUCUUAACAUAUGCAUGCUCACAGGAAGGGCAAGAGAUUUUAAGAGGACAUCGAGCAUGCCUAACCGAAGAACGAAUCGGUGAAAUGACACUCAGUGCUGGUACAUACCUUUCGGAGAAAUUUUUGGUUCAUCCUGAUGAUGAGGUUUGCGAAGAAGUAAAUUCAAAAUUACAAGAGUAUAUGAGUGCAAUGAAAGGAAUAUGCCAGUCAAAAAGUGCACAAAUGAUUAUGUGCAAAAGUUUGAAAAAUAUGUUCAAAGGUUUGCAUGCAGACAAAUUGCAUGCGUGUGAUUUUGACUGUAAUAUUCCGCAAGAUGAAGAAGUAACUGAGUCAGGUUAUCUUUCAAAUAUGAACAACCAUGACGAUGCCGGCAUAGUUAACAGAGGAAAUGCUGAAAAUAAUAUAAUUGCUGAAGUGGUCAAAGAAGGAACCAGUGUAGAUGGUUCUGCACCGGAAAGUCAUUCAUUAAAUUCUUCAGCUUUUCUAACGUCAUGUUUCCUCAGUCAGUUUAUUCUACUAUUUUUUACAAUAAUAAUUUUGCGAUAA